AGGGGUGUGUAUGUUCAAGGCGGGCUAGACUAACACAGAGAUAUGCUUCUGGAUUUUCUUCCUUUACCAUUUUGAGAUUGCAUUGGAAGUAACAUCGAUACUAUUAUUAUUUAAUAAUAGGUGUUUUUGGAAGGAUAUUUUUCUUUUUAAUAUAUUUAUUGUGAUGUGACUCUUGUGCUGCUCCCACGGAUCCGAAGCUUCUCACGGUGAAAAGAUCGGACACAUGUGACAGUGGCAUGUGUGGAUAAAUGUCAGUGUGCUUGAGAUCGCUGUGUGUUUUGAUCAAAAGGAGAUUUGCAACAGUGGAUAUUUGUAACAAAUCGUCCUUUGAAAAGAACUGGGCUUGAACACAGUUGACAUGGCCAAUAUGAAGUCUCGCAGUGAAGAUGAGGAUGAUGAACGUCAUUCUACAGACCCUGACAUCAGAGACCCCAAAAAUUCAAAAAAGACCCUUUGCAAAAUGAAAUGGUCCCGGGACGAGGAUGAGAAGCUAAAGAAACUUGUUGAGCAACAUGGAACUGACGCUUGGAAAUUAAUAGCAAAUUUUUUCCCAACAAGAACAGAUGGUCAAUGUCAGCACCGUUGGCAAAAGGUGCUCAACCCGGAGCUGGUGAAAGGACCCUGGACAAAAGAGGAGGAUCAGAGGGUGAUCGAGCUAGUUCAUAAGUACGGUCCCAAACGGUGGUCAGUGAUUGCCAAGCACUUACAGGGCCGCAUAGGCAAACAGUGCCGGGAGCGCUGGCACAAUCACCUCAACCCAGAAGUAAAGAAAUCCUCAUGGACUCAGGAAGAAGAUUGCAUUAUCUAUGAAGCUCAUAAACGCCUGGGCAACCGCUGGGCUGAGAUUUCAAAGCUGCUGCCUGGAAGGACAGACAACUCCAUUAAGAAUCAUUGGAACUCCACCAUGCGCAGAAAGGUAGAACAUGAGGGCUACUUGCAGGAGGGCAGUAAGAGCUACGGCAGUGACCCUGGCCAGAAGAAACAGACCAAAGCCAGCCAAGUGGUGGAAUAUCCACACGAACAGAAUCAACUGAUCCUGAGCGGCCAAUCACAGCAGCAGCACAGAUACCCAUAUGGUUCACAAAGGGGCCAGUGUAUGGACAACAUUACUGUCGAGGUCUUAAGCUUUGUGUCGCCGUGCCACGACGACCCAGAGAAAGAGAAAAGAAUUAAGGAGCUAGAGCUGUUGCUAAUGUCAGCUGAGAGUGAAGUCAGAAGACAUUCGGGCCCUCGUAAUCCAGAGAGUUACUCCAGCUGGUCAGACAGCCUCCAUGAUGAUACUGUCACCACCACAGAGAGUUUGGAUGAUAGAAGAGGCGAGCUGUGUCGUUUAGAGGAGGGCCAGUCUGCUGCUAUGUCUCUGCCUGUCUCUCCUAGCAAGUUCUUGGCUGCUGAGGCCAGCGCUGUGCUGUCCACUCUAGAGACCAUACCAGAUUUUGCAGAGACUAUGGAGCUCAUAGACUCUGAUCCUAUGGCUUGGAGUGAUGUGACCAGCUUUGAUCUCUCUGAGGUAGGCCCCUCCCCAAAGCCCACUAACUCCAAUGGGGUUUGUCCAACAGUGAAUAGGAGCACAGAAAGCCUUGGCUACCCAAUAAAUGCUCCCGCUGUCCCAGAGAUGAGCAGACAGUGUGCUGCUGUGAACCAAGGCAAGUCUGUAACUCUCUCCAACACCUGCAUGAACAGGUUCAGCACUCCACCACCGUUUAUUAUGAGAAAGAAGAGAAGAGACAGAGGGGAUCAGUCCCCUGCAGAUGAAAGGAACUGUGGCCCUUUCAUAGACAACAGUGGAAUCUCACCAAAAAACACCCCUGUCAAAGGCCUACCAUUCUCCCCAUCUCAGUUUUUCAACAUAUCUGGUGGUGAGCCCUUGACCCUGGACAAUCCAGCUCUUACCUCCACCCCUGUGUGUGGGCAGAAAUGUCUUCACAAUACACCCCACCAGAGAGAGACCACACCAAAACACCAGAAGGAGAAUGCAGGUUUUAGGACCCCCAAAAUCCAUAAGAACAGUAUGGUCCACACGCCAAGGACACCAACCCCUUUUAAAAACGCCCUGGCUGCCCAGGAGAAGAUGCAUGGGCCAUUAAGUAUUGUGCCCCAGCCUCUGGCGCUUCUUGAGGAGGACAUCAGAGAGGUUCUCAAAGAAGAAACAGGGUCUGACAUCUUCACACAAGAGCAGAAUCAGCUUCAGUGCAUAUCUUAUGAGCAAAUAGAAGCUCCUGCUAGGAAGGUGAGAAAGUCUCUGAUGUUGGACAGCUGGGAAAAAGACUGUCUGAAUGUACAACUGUUUCCCCAACAGAAGAUUAACAAUGGACUGUCUCACAAUGAUGGUCUACUGACCAGAUCUAUGCUUAUGAUGCCAUUGACUGAGAGAGAGGAGAACUCUUGCUUUCCUGGAUCACUGAAGGAUUCACUGUCCAUGGUCUGCUCCCUUAGCCCACAGAUCAAAAGAGAAGCCAUGACCCAGAGGAGUCCACCCUACCAAACCCCUCCACUGCAGGCCAACAACGAGUGGGAGGCGGUGGUCUUUGGGAAGACAGAGGAUCAGCUGAUUAUGACCGAGCAGGCGAGGCGUUACUUAAACACAAACACCGCCAUCUGCAUUUCCAGAGCUCUCGUCCUCUGAAAGUCACUUCUGCACUACAGCAACCCUCCCUCUUUCCUCUAUCACACCAACAUUUAACCUUUUAGACAAUCUGGGGUAGGAAACUCAAGCGUACACUGAUGUUUACUAAACACCUACUGAUAUAACAAUGUAUUGCUUAGGAUAAAGAGAUUCAUAUGCUGGAGAUGUAGUCUUAGCAGUGUGCAUGCUGGUUGUAUUCCUGCUAAAAUACAAAUAGCACUAGACUUGCAGAAUUUAGUUAAUGGUAUUUUAACAUAGAGAUGAUUUUUAAAAAUCUGUUUUAGUCAUAGACAGUGUGUUGAUUUUUAAGGGCUGCUUUUAAGUGAACUUUUUAAGAAAGGAAAAAAGGAAUAAAACUUGUAAAUUAAAUUUUCAGAUAGUUUUUACGCUCGUUUUAGAGAAUUUUAUAGACUGGUGUUAAGGAUAGGGAGCACUUGCAGUGUUGCACUACUGUGGUUGUUUGUUAGGGUGAGGAGCAGAGACAGUGUUGAGGAGUAACUGGAAAGCACUUGCAACGUAAACUUUUCCGCUCCAAGCGUAACAAAGGUUCCACCCCAAUUAUUAUUUUGUUUUAUUUCCGAGUAGAACACUCACUGAAUGUAUUAUAUAGCAUGAAUCUAAUAAGUUAAUGUCUACUGGAUGGUACCUUGCUAGUGUUUUUUUUCUUAAGUGAAGGUUGUUGAAAUGGAUUGUAUCUUGAACAUCUGGACAGACUCAACAUCGCUUACAGGCAUGUUUGUGACUGCAGUCUAAAUCCAGCAUCUUCACUGCUUAUGAAAAUGUUCUCAAUUUAGCUGAAAUCAUGUUUGGUACCGAUAUCAGUGCACAAGUUGCAUUAUAAAUAGCACGUUCCAAGAACAGUAGGUGAGAGUCAUUCAUUUUGAGCUGUAGGUUCUAUUUAUUAAAUCUUAACUAAUUUAUUUAUUUCAAAGAUAUAAAAAAUCUCUAAUUAUAUUUUUGUUCUAUUAAGAAUUUGAGACAUCUUGUUUUUUUUUUUUUUUUUAAUAACACUGCCAUUAAUUUCUUGCAUCUAGGUUCUACAGGCCUGUACAGAAGGUUUAAAGGGAUAAUUUACCCAAAAUCAUAAUUUACUCAUGACCCAUCCC